CAAUCCCGCAUUGUGUUUCAAGAAUACCGCAGCAUACAGUCCAAAACGCUGUAAAAGAAGAAAGAAGAAUACCACAGCCCGCAGAAUUAACUUCAUAACAGGAAAUCUUAACACAAAUAGCCUCAAGUGUAAAGCAUUUUUUGGCUAUCCUUCUAGUUCCUUCAUCUGAAUAAUGUCACAGCACAAAUGUGAACUUAAUUUUCUCUCUCGGUCUGACGGCUCGGCAUUAUAUUCAAUAGGGAACACGGUGGCUCUUGCAUCAGUGAAUGGACCUGGAGAUACAAAGAAAUCCAACCGUCUGUAUAACAGAUCACAUCUAGAUGUCUGUUAUAGUCCAUGUACAGGUCAACCAAUGAUAGGAGAAAGAGCAUUGGAAGCUAUUAUUGCAAGGACUAUAGAACAAGUUGUUCUUGUUCAUUUACACCCAAGAACAGCAAUCAAUGUUACUAUUCAAGAGAUGCAGUCAGAUGGACUUGCUCUCUCAACAAGUGUGAAUGCUGCUUGUAUGGCUCUCAUGGAUGCAGCUAUUCAGAUGAAUAACAUCUUUGCUGCAGUCACAUGCUGUAUUACAGGAGAUGACAUCAUAAAGAUUGAACCCACAGAAGCUGAAAUUAAGGAGAGUGUAGCAGUUGCCACAUUUGUUUUUGAAGGCUUGGGUCUCAAGGUCUUGUCAGCCCAUCAGGAAGGUCGCUUGAAUGAAGAAACAUUCCAGUCUUGCCUUAGUAAGUGUCAGAUUGCAGCAAAAGAUGUCUUCAAUUUCUAUAGACAAACCAUGGAGAAAAAGUACAAGGAUGACAUAUACUAAUAAAAACACAUGAAGUAAUUAUUA